AUGUCGGCGUAUCCAGUGCCUUACAAUGGCACCAUCAGCACGGGGGGAGACUCGUUGACAGAGGAUUUGAACAUUUAUUACAAUGCGGGUGACAUUGCGUGGGUUGUGACCUCAUCUGCCUUGGUCUUGUUGAUGAUUCCCGGUGUAGGCUUCUUCUAUUCCGGUCUCGCGCGCCGCAAGUCGGCCUUGUCUCUGAUAUGGCUGUCUAUAAUGUCAGUUGGUGUGAUCUCAUUCCAGUGGUUUUUCUGGGGAUACUCUUUGGCCUUCUCCCACACAGCUGGAAGUUUCAUUGGUGAUCUGGCGAACUUUGGCAUGAAGGAUGUGUUGGCGGCACCCUCCGUCGGCGGUACCAAGGUGCCAGAUCUUCUAUUCGCCAUCUUCCAGGGCAUGUUUGCUGCAAUUACUGUCGCUCUUGCCGUCGGUGCCGUAGCGGAGCGUGGCCGCAUGCUGCCCUGUAUUAUCUUCAUGUUCGUCUGGUCCACCGUUAUCUACGACCCAAUUGCCUGCUGGACCUGGAACUCUUCUGGUUGGGUCUUCAAGCUGGGUGGUCUCGACUUUGCUGGCGGUACCCCUGUCCAUAUCGCUUCUGGCUCUGCUGCUCUCGCCUACUCCUUGAUGCUGGGUAAGCGUCGUGGUCAUGGCACUCACGAGCUCAACUACCGCCCUCACAAUGUGACUCACGUCGUGAUUGGUACUGUCUUCCUUUGGGUUGGCUGGUUUGGCUUCAACGCUGGCUCCGCCCUGUCAGCAAACUUACGUGCUGUCAUGGCUGCUGUGGUGACCAACCUGGCCGCCUCUGUUGGUGGUGUCACCUGGUGCCUGCUUGAUUACCGCCUGGAGCGCAAGUGGUCUACUGUCGGAUUCUGCUCCGGCGUCAUUGCUGGUCUUGUCGCUAUCACGCCAGGCUCAGGCUACGUCACUCCUUGGGCUGCAUUUGUCUUCGGCGUUGUCGGUGCCAUUGCCUGCAACUAUGCCACCAAGUUGAAGUUCCUGCUUCAGGUUGACGAUGCCUUGGAUAUCUUUGCCGUCCACGGGAUUGGCGGUCUUGUUGGUAACCUUUUGACUGGUCUCUUUGCCGCCGAUUACAUUGCGCACUUGGAUGGUGCCACUACGAUUCCGGGUGGCUGGAUCAACCACAACUGGAUUCAACUGGGCUACCAGCUUGCUGACUCGGUCACUGGAUUCGCCUACUCCUUUGUCGGCACUUGUAUCAUUCUAUUCAUCAUGAACCUCAUUCCGGGCUUGAGCCUACGUGCCCCUGAGGAGGAUGAGAUUAUGGGCAUUGAUGACGCCGAGAUUGGCGAGUUCGCCUAUGAUUAUGUUGAGGUGACUCGCGAUAUCAUUAAUGGAGUUGAGGGCAGCGAUGCUGGUUCCAAGCGUACUAUGACUCCCACUGGAGAGCACGGCACGACCAUUGACACCAAGGCUUGA